AUGGAGACUUACUCAUCACGUCGAUACCUAUCUAAUCGAAUGUCAUUUGUCAGGUCUACGACUUCCAAAUUUAAAUUCGGUGCUCAUGUCAGCGGUGCUGGUGGUAUAUCCAACAGCGUUACCAAUGCCCAUGAAAUUGGCUGUAAUUCGUUUGCAAUGUUCUUGAAGUCGCCAAGACAAUGGAAUUCUAAACCGUAUCCCGAAUCAGAAAUCACCAAGUUCAAUGAGAACUGUGCAAAACUUUCUUAUGAUCCUAAAACUGAUAUUCUACCGCAUGGUUCUUAUUUCAUAAAUCUAGGGAACCCAGAUCAUGAAAAGGCAGAAAAGGCAUACGAUGCGUUCCUCGAUGACCUGGUAAGAUGCGAACAAUUGGGAAUUGGUCAUUACAACUUCCAUCCAGGAUCAUCAUUAGAUGGGGAUCAUGAUACCCAGUUGAAACAGCUCGCAGGAUAUAUUAACAAAGCCAUCAAUGAUACGAAAUUCGUCAACAUUGUUCUAGAAAACAUGGCUGGUCAUGGCAAUUUGAUAGGAAGUAACUUAGAAGAUUUGAAAACUGUCAUAGAUAUGAUAGAAGAUAAAAACAGAGUUGGUGUAUGUGUAGAUACUUGUCAUACUUAUGCUGCAGGAUACGAUAUAUCAACAAAAAAUGCCUUUGACCAAUUCUGGAAGAAGUUCGAUGCCAUCAUUGGAUUCAAAUAUCUAAAAGCGAUCCAUUUGAACGAUUCAAAAGCCCCAUUAGCAGCAAACGCCGAUAGACAUGAAAUAUUGGGACAAGGGUUCCUAGGGCUCGAAGUUUUCAAGAUCAUUGCCCACUCAGAAUUCCUUCAGGGGAUACCGAUAGUACUAGAGACACCACAAAAGGAAGACGCUGGCUACGGUGAAGAAAUCAAACUAUUGGAAUGGCUAGAAACUAUAGAUGAAGAGGAAAACAAAGACUACAUCGAGAAGAGAUUAGCAUUGAAUAAACUAGGAGAAAAGUCCCGUAAAGAAUUCCAAGCUAAGUUUGAUAAGAAGAACAAGUCCACAAAGACCACUAAAUCUACUAAGAGGAAAGGACCUUCUAUCACGGAACAACUGACAAAAAAGACAAAGAAAACAAAGUCUUAA